AUGGCUUCUUCCAACUCCAACAACGGUUCAGCCGACGGUCCACAGAUCCCCGGCCUCAAGAUUGAGACUUUCGCUGCCACAAUUGAUCAUCGCAACAUGCUUGAGGAGUUCGGCCGCAAGUAUCACGCCAUUGGCAUCGAAGCUGGUCACUCCAAGGGCAUUGAAGCCGGUCACGCCAUGGGUGUUCAAGCUGGCCUUGCUCAAGCCGAGGGGGAGAUCGAGCUUCGCAUUGCUAGCGCCGUAGAAGAGUCUCAGGAAAUCAUCUCGGAGUUGCUUGAGAAACGAACUCAAGACAUUGAAGUUGAUGUCGAUCUUGCCAACGAAGCCCGCAAUGUUAUCUAUACGCUUGUAUCCUCCGUGGACGACCUAAUCCAGUUACCUGGAAUUCCCAUGGAGACCUACAACAAGAUCAGAGAGAAGUGUGAGUCUCUUGAAAGCAUCAGAGACAAGUUCAGCAAAAGGCUUGGAAAGGAUCCUUUCCCUAUCCUGAGAAAGCGACGCAGCGACGCAGUUGAAACCCGCAGAACCCUCAGAGUGAAACGAGAGAAGAACUAA